GAGGGAAACGAUAUAGAGAGUUUUAGAUUUACGUUCACGGCAAACGUGAAACGUCAGUUUACCAGUGAAAAAUGAUUUUAAAUAGCUGAGAAAGAAUCGCAAAAAAGUUAAAGUAGUGGAAAGACAAAACAAUAUUUGUGUGUAGUGAGAAAUUUGGCAAAAGGUCAAGUAAAAUACAGGAAAAAGAUGAAAACGUGGUCACAUUUGCCGUUUGCGGGAAGAAAAAAAAUCGAUCUAAAACUCUCUAAUAUUUCAUGCGAAGAACAUGUGAGCGCCGAUAACAUGUUUUAGACAAAGAUACAGCGGUUGGAAGCAGCAACCAUUACAGUCAGUUAUGCUCGUGUUUAUAUGAAACUCACUUCGCUUGCGACGACGUCUAAUUCGCUGAAAAAAACUUCUGAAUGGAGUAAUUUCUAAAAACAUCUUUAUUUCUAACUGAAAACUAUAUAUUCAUAAAUAUCUCAAAGUUCAUCAUGAACCAAACAACUUUGUCUCCACCAGCCUUCAAUUUAUCCCAGCCAAGUCUGACAAUAAAAAACAGCGAAGGGCAGAUAGUCAAAGGUUUUGAAGUCCUAGCCUAUGUCAUAAUAUUGGUGGUAGCUUUCAUAGGCAACAGCUUUCUAAUCAUGGCUUACAGACGUAACGUUAGUGGACAGAUGAGAUCCAUCUACAACCUUCUUGUAGCGAGUAUAGCAGCCAGUGAUCUACUGCUUGCUGUUUGGAGCAUCCCUGAGAGGAUAACAAGAGUUCUGACUGACGAUGCAUGGCUUGUAGAUGGAGUACUCGGUAUAGCUUUGUGCAAGGUCGUCAAUUUUGUCGAAAAGGUUUCCAUCACCGUUUCCUUCCUUCAUCUCGGCGCCCUGGCYAUCGAUCGCUUCCUCGCUGUAUUCUACCCAUGCAAGUCAAUGGUCUCUAUCAGAUCUUCUAAGAUUACUGUAGCCAUAAUAUGGGGCUUCUCUAUCUGUUACUGGGGACCGAUUCUCUACUUCGGGGGUCUCGGAGUAAAAGAUGGACAAACGGUGUGUGCCGUCAGAGAGUUCACUCCCUACUGGGAAUAUUGGUACGUGUUGUUUCUUGUUCUUCUGUUCGCUACACUCGUGCUUAUACUGGUGUUGUACUUGCUUGUGGCCUUCAAGCUGUGGCUCCGUAAGCUGCCUGGACACCAGAUGUCUUCUAUACUGAAAGGAGUGGAUCGUUCCAAGAGGCGUAUGGCACGGAUGAUUUCAAUUAUCGUUGCAGCUUUUUAUAUUUGCUUCUUACCCUACGGCAUUGGCUGGAUCUCGUGCUCGUAUUUGGUCGUAAAACCCAAAGCAAUAUGCAACCCUGUUUACAAGUUUGUCAGUAUUCUGGUCCUGCACUCCAACUGUUCCAUCAAUCCAAUCAUUUGCUUUUUGUUUAACUUACAGUAUCGCUUGGAGUGGAAAAUCUCAUUGCAGGAUCCACUCGGAUUACACGUGAAUUCAAUGAGGAAAAUUUACAGUCGGCGCAAGAGCUCAACGACAACAGAUUUCAUGAUGGCUGUUGGUCAGAAUAAUUCUAAAUGAUUAAACAAAACACUGCCCAUUGAUAAAGUUGCCCUAAAAUCGUAUGAACACACAUUAGUACACUUUCAACUACAGACUUUCUAGCUGACGAAAUGCUUUAUGGACAAGAAAAAUAUUUAGUUGACUGCAUAUGAAAGGUCUGUCCGUAAUAUAGGAGUUUCCAAAAUGCAACAUAAAGAAGGGACAAGAGAGAGAGAUUCAGGUGCCCGUAUACGAGGGAUACCUGGCCGUAAUACAGAGGUGUCCAAAAGGCAUCACAGACAAGAAAGAGGAUUAGGUGCCCGUAUAUGAGGGAUACCUGGCCGUAAUACAGAGGUGUCCAAAAGGCAUCACAGACAAGAGAAAGGUCCAGAUGACCUUAUAUGAGAGGUUUUUAUAUGAGAGGUGGUCAAUAGAAAAACUUCACURAACUUAAAUUUGGGAUGUAAAGCCGCCACUGGCCUUGUUUCUUUAAAAUUGUUUUGUCUAAGUAAGGGAUGUUAAAGAACCUGUUACACCGUAUGUAGGAGUAAAGAAUUUAUGUAAGAGUAAAGAAUCAUUAAUAACCAGUCUGGUCUUUUAGGAAUCGAUAUUUGAUAUGGAUCCUUGUUAUAGUGGCAUGGAACAAUAGAUGUUGCCAUGUUUACUCUCGCUUUCAAGCGCUUCAUGAGGAGUUGACCCAGACAUCAAYAAAGGAGGGGUUUCACAGCAACCAUAGGCCUUCUUUGAGUUCGAUAAACAGGAUGCAGUGUAGCUUCGGCACAAACAACACUCACAUAAGGCAAGAUGAACAAAAGAUGCCUGUACCGAAGCUACUGUAGACCACAAUGCACCAUAAUCGCUAUCUCAGAAAAUAUCUAUGACGUACGACAGGUAAAAUCAAUUACCCUUGUUUUUGCAUGAAAAAACAAUUUAAUUUCUAGAAGGAAAUAAUCCUACCAGCUUGCUCUCAAGCAUCACUGCCGUGAAAUCCCUUUUUUUCCCCUAAGAAACAUGGUCCGAUGUGAAAAAUGACUAUACUCAUCACUCAAUUCAUGGUUCCUCUCCCCUUAGUUACCGUUGCUAUGUCCAAAGUCUCAAUAAAUUAGGUAGAAUGCUUCGGAAUUUAAAACUCUGAUCGCGGAAAAUUCCUUGUAAUUUGCUUUUACUGUUUACUGUCCUUUGGAAAUUAAAGAAAAUUGCCUCAAAA